AUGAGUGAUGAUCAAUAUCAGUACUUCCAUCUCUUAUUUGUCACAUGCUCUCUGACCUCUUUGACAGUUCUUCAAGGAACUUGGGCAAAGGUGUCCAAGGUCGCUGUCAAGGGUGCUCAAUAUAACUCCCCUGAACAUCAGCCCCACCUGAAGUGUUUGCAAGGGACCCAGGUGGAUCUUCUCAAAUACAUCCACGGAUUCCUGGAUGACCCAAAGAAUAAUCAAUUUAUCUGGCUGCAUGGCAUGGCAGGUGUCAGAAAGUCUGCUGUCGCAUUCACCAUAGCUGAGAGGAUGAAAGGUCUAAAAGUAACAGAGGAGAUGAAUGUUGAAAAAUGGCUAGUGGGAACAUUCUUUUCCUUGCGCAAGCAUGCCAAACAUUGCACAGCUGGAUUUUUCUUUGCAAUGCUUGUCUACCAGCUUGCCACCAAUUUUCCAAGCAUCAGGCAGGAUGUGAAUAGAACAAUCUGCAACAAUCCUGCUCUACUAGACCCAGACACACCUCUCUGUGACCAGAUGGAGGCUCCCUUUCUCCAACCCCUCUGGAAACUUUGA